AUGAUUCUAUUAUUCGAAUUUAAUUAAUCUUACUCGAAACGAUGUUAAAUUAUAUUUAAAAGCUAAAAAAGAUAAGAUGCACCGAUCUAAUACGACAAAUUCGAAUGAUGUAAUUAUCCGAUGAUGUAACGUUAGGUUAGUUUACAUUCGAUCUCGAUCGCUUCCAUUUACCUUAACGAUAUAUCGUUAAAUGUCGAUAAAAUUAUCGAUACGCGAUAAUUGUAUCUUGACGCGUACACAGAACGAUGUUAGAUCGAAGAACGCUUAGAAUUUUGAAAUAUGUUUUCGAAAUCUAUCAACGCGUAAUUAUUAGCUUCACCGUUGGACGGUUUCUCCUUUGUUCGUUCGUUCGUUCGUUCGUUCGUUCGUUCGUUCAUGCUCCCGUACGGAACGAAGUUACGGAAUCGCGAAAAGGUCGGUUACUCGAAGCAAAUAUUUAAGAUCCAUUUAAGACGAGCGAAACGGUCCAAAGAGAUUUUUUUCUUAGCGUACGCAACGACAUAGAUCAAGGAUUAAGAUCGAGUUAAAUUGCUUUUCUUUCGGUAGUACGGUCGGGUUAUCGGCAAGAAAGCUAAUCUACGUUCGUGAGCGUUGAUAAAUCGGCUCGCAUGGCAUGCUCUUGGUCACAGUUUUUCCCUUCUAAUCUCUAACAACCGUUGCUUCCCGACUUGUCCGUUCGUGAAUACGGUUGUUACGUUGACAGGAUCGAAACAUAACCAACGGCGAUAAAAAUUUAUCGUCCACGAUAAAAAAGCACUUCUCUCGAGCUGUUCUUGGGGAAAACGAGAAAAAGCGGGACAAUCUUUUAAUGAAAAUAAUAUUCGUCGGUGUAAUUAAAAGCUUCCAGCUCUUCGAAUUCGCGCAUCCUCUUCCGAGCGUUAAAUAUUCAAUUGGCGGUCCACCGUAAGCGGCGAGGCGAACAUUCGUUAGUGUUUAUCCCUGAUUCUGACCGUGCACAAGUUUUUUUGAAAAAUAAAAUAACUGCAUGCUCACGUAUUAUGUGGUUAGCGAUGCCGAGCUGGUUUUUUCUUCGACGGUCCCACGAAACCGUUUACGCUGCGACGCAGGGCGAAGGGGUAGGUUGAUAUACGAAUAUCGAUUUCUAAGGAAAGCUCGGAUGUUCCGACGAUAUUUCAACGAUCUUUUACGCGUCUAUGGACCUUGAUCUUUUCGAAGUUGCCAUUAUAUGUUAUACGUAUAACGUUUAAACGAGUAUCAUCGAUAUCCGGGGAGUACCGCGAAAGUUUGAAAACUUUGAAAACCGUAGGUUGUCUGUCGAAAGGUUCGCGCAGAAGCAGGAUCGGACGCGAAAAGUCGAAGGGUUGGACGUUCGUUUUCGUUGCGGGUCGUAAGACGAGUGGUUAUUUACUUAGCUAGUUCGCUCGGCGAUUCUCGAGACUUUAGGAGCGAGGCGCAAGUUAACGGCACGUUUCCUCGUGUUUCCGUUGGUAAUUUAUGAAAAUAACAUAUUCCGGUUGAGCAUUGACGAUUUCCCAGGUGUCGCUAAUCCGUAUUUAGGCGACGGAGGUGUCGCGAGGGGCCCGCGUUAAAACGUUCGAAACUCGUCGAGUCACGCGGCGUAUGUCAAGACUGCCAAGAACUUGUGCAUAUUCGGUGGCACCGUUCGAAUCGCUUAGCUGCUUACGUCGCACGUUUCGAAGCGUUUCGAAGCGUUUCGAAGCGUUUCGAAACGUUUCAAAGGGUUUUCACGUCCCAUCGUUACGCGCGGCACGCGCCGCACGAUUGUCCGCGUAUUUAAGCGCGUAAUUAAAACGCUCUCGCAUUACGGACGAAUGCAAUAAUCUUUGUGCAUUUGUUGCUUUCCCAUUCACCGGCAACGCGCGACCGAAUAAUUGCCUUUUGCUUUAUUGUGCAACGCGAUCGGUGGGCUCGCGUUUCGCGCGCCGAUCAGCCUUUUCUCUUUGUUCGUUCGCGCGCUCCAUUAUAUACGGAGCUGUGUACUUUUCUUCCCGGAACACCGUUACUCCUGAGCUUGUUCUUUCGCAACGGCUGCCUCGACGAGGGUUCCAUUCUUCAUCGCCGAACUUCUCAAGGAUUUCUCUACACCUGGAACAGAUGCGCGACGUAUUACCUCUCCUGAUCAUUUUUACCGGUUUCGCCGACUUUAAGGAUACGAAAGAUAUGAACAGACUUCUCGUUAACGGGUCUCUGAUGCUGGUGUUGCUCGUCGCUAUCGGACGGGACGUUCAGGUGCUCGGAUCUAGUCCGACAUUGCUUAUGGAACAGGAUCUCCCUCUGAAGACUUGCAGGUACAGCAGAGCGUACUCGAUGUUUCAAGUCCGUUGCAGUAAUCUGGGUCUUAACGACAUCCCUUCUACCCUGAAGACCGACAUUCAGAAGGAAGAAAUCGAAGCCGACGUUCGUUCUUUCCCACAGAUCUUAGACGCUUCGGUGAACAGAAUCCGGAAACUGAGCAACGAGAGUUUGGCCUCGUACAAGAACUUGGCGUACCUCUACUUGGGCGACAAUUUCAUCCAAGACAUCCACGAGGGAGCGUUCGCCAAUCUAGGAUACUUGGAGGUGUUGGACUUGUCGAAGAACGGCUGUCGGGAUCUUCCCAAGAGUCUCUUUCAAUUGCCGUACCUUCGGAAGGUGUAUCUCUGCGACAACAAACUGAACGACGGAGUGUUCGCGCGUAUGGACGUCAAGUCUCCUCUGAGUUUUCUGCACUUGUCGAAAAACGACCUCUGCAAGAUACCACGGUUGGGUCCGGUACCGUCGCUGGUUCACCUGAACGUCUCCGAGAACCGAAUCGGUACCGUGUCGCCGGAGGAUCUGGCUCCUUUUUGUUCCCUGAAGGUGCUCGAUUUGUCGGACAAUCCUAUCAAGUUCGACGCGAACGAGUGCCAGUGCGGGACGCUGAACGCGUGGUUGAACGCCAGAGGAAUUCGCUCGGAACCGCGAUUCAAUUGCACGGCCGAGGAAGAACGGGGAUGCUCGAGCAGACAGGAGUUCAGUAACAGGACCUUCGAACUGUACGAACGAUGCUCGGAGAUACUGCGACUACAGAUAGAGACGGAAAAGGCGAGGACCACGUGGAUACUGGUCGCCUGUUGCAUCGCCGCGUUCCUCUUCUCUUUGUUCCUCGGCUUGUUCUGCGUGCACAACAAGAACAAACGGAAGAAGAGAAAACUGAAGGAGGAGCAAAGGCUGAACGCUAACAACGCCAACACCGAGCUGCUGAAUAGUAAUCUGAAUCAGCCGGAGAACACUUGAAUCUUCGGCAGCCUCGAAAAUGGGGUGCGUGCCGUUGGCUGUUCCAGGCCGAGUAAAUAUCUGGAAAACUACGCAGGCUGGAAGGUUUGGGAAAACAGGGUGCAUCCGGUAACAGGUGGCUGAAACCGAGAAGGAAUCGAUUUCGCGUAAACGAGCAUCGAGAAUAGAGAAUAAAAUUGGUUGCGAAGGACGUCGUAUUCGAGAAAAUAUAUAUCGAGAAUUACUCUUCGUUUAUGUACGAACUUCCUUCUCUUUCGUGCUAAGGGAUAUUGAGCUACUAUUCCGUAAACCGUUUAUAAAUUAAUCGCUAUCGAGACCGAAACUUGUACAAAUUUUAUCCUAGGUCCCAGGACAAUUAAUGCGCAGUCUUUUAAUCUUGCCGACAUCGUCCUAUUUUAUAAAACAUAUUUUUCAUUUUGGUUCGAGUAAAGCUCCGUUGCAGGAUUCCGUGCGAAAGAUAUUCGUGGUUUAAAUAAAAUCGAGAACGACGCGAGUAAAUAGCAGAAGCGAAGAGAGGAGAACAGUUGUACCGUUCGAAAUUCUCGAAUGCGUAAACCCCAUAUUUCUGUAUCCUUAUUUUCCCUAAGGGAUAUUCUGCCGCUGACUGUACGACAUCGAACAAAGUCGCGCGGUAAACGCACAAAUAUCCGUGUCCGGACGAAAGAGAUACUUGUAUUACGAUUAUGGUAGAAAUUAGCGCGAGUUCGAUCGAAAACCGAUACCCAUAAUCGUUGUCCUUCGUGUUUUCGACUAGCGUCCGAACAACAUUGCCAGCUACCUACGUUGUUAAUCGGUACAGUAUUUCGAUAUUUGCGAAACGCGUAAAUCCAUCAAAAUUCAUUCGAUACGUUUAAUCUAAUUCCGAUCUUUCCGCGGUCCCUUUGUAUUCCGUGCGUUCCAUUCAAUUCGCUAAUGGUUCUAGUUUAUUUUCGAUCGAUGUAGUUAGUAUCUAUUACAAGGGUAUUUUGAAACGCGGAAUACCACGGAGUCGAUAAAUCUAUUAACCAGCGAAACCUCCUCGACAUUUUACACCGAGUUACUUAAUAUUGGAAUUGUACUUAACACCGUGCCGGGUUAAUAAGUCUUGCCGCGUCGCGAAUGCGUUUCUGUGCUCGUGCGUUGUACAAAAUCUCGCGUACCUAUUCGUGUAAGUUACGGUUGUGCAUGUUCGUUGAUGGUUGUACGCGAUCGUAAUAACUCGUACGAUCCUAAUUAUAUGGUGUAAAUGUUUGGGCGACAGCAGUUUCGAGUAACGACCGUUUUACUGUCCGUUGUAACUGUUGGAAUAUUUGGAGAAAACGCGCGCACGGUACAUAUUAAUACAAUAUUUUAGUUAUAUCGAUAUAACUAAACGUCGUUUAUAAACACUGAGUUAAGAAAUAUAAACGUCUUUUCAUUUUUUCCGAUCGAAUCCACGCUGAAACAGAGAGAAUAGUGCCCGUUACGCAUUUUUUCAUUAAAAAACUUUCGAUAAAAACGGACAGUCGAACGGUUUAAUUAUCUGUGACUGAAAGGAAUAUAUAAACAAAGGUUCGAACAAAUAUUUCUUUUUUUACCUUAAAAAAACACUAUGUUGUAGAUAUAUACAUAUAUAUACAUAUUAUAUAUUAAUAUAUUGAUAUAUUAAUAGUAUUGUAUUUAUUUAUAUUCAGUGAGAGAGAGAGAGAGAGAUAAUGUACGUUACUACUCCGCUAUUUUACGAAGCAUUUUCCAUGCGACAACGUUGCGUCUUUUGUCUUUCUUCCUUUUGAACUAGGAAUAUGUAUUUGCGAAUCGAAUGCGAUCGAUCGUGCUCUCUUGUAAAAGGUGUCAAACGUUAGUUCGUUGAUGAAAAACAAAAACAAAAUUGAAAAUCGUCUUUGAAAAUUGAUACUAGUUCCUAGUAUUUGUACAAUUCCCUUUCGUUUUCCGCGUUUCUGACGUUGGGGAACGUUGGACGUAUCAUUUCAACGAGUGAGAAACAUCUCUUUUUUUUUUUUUUUACUUCAUUCUCAAUGAAGUUAUCGUAUACUUAAGUAAGAUUAAAGUCGAUUCAAUGUCUGCCAGUUUUACUACGAACAAAAGUUCGUAGUAAACGAGCGUGUUGUGUACUUAAACUGUACUCUUAAUACUUUUCUAUUUUCUUUACUUUUCAAUAUGUGGUAAGACGUAACUCUGUAAGCUGUACAAAAAUGUUACCAACAAUUUGAUGAAUUUCACCAAAUAAAUUUUAAAUCUAGUCGA